CUAGCCAAACACAACUCCUAGGUGUUCACAGAUAGAUCUUCCUCGUACUUAUCUAUCUCUCAUAACCCUUUUCGUGUUAUUUGGUCCCAAAAGAUUGUGUAACAUGGGUAUUGAGUUUCAGAACUGGUUGCAGCUGUGUGUCAUUUUGUUGUUGUGUAACAACAGCGUGAAAGCUCAGCCUCAGGUUCCUUGUCUGUUUGUUUUUGGUGAUUCUUUAGUGGACAAUGGCAACAAUAACCAAAUCACUUCUCUGGCAAAGGCUAAUUACUUGCCUUAUGGUGUUGAUUUUCCCCGAGGACCAACCGGCAGGUUCUGUAACGGUAAAACAACCGUUGAUGUCAUCUCUGAGCUAUUGGGGUUUGAUAGUUACAUUCCGGCUUAUACACAAGCAAGAGGCCAAGCCAUACUCAAAGGAGUGAAUUAUGCCUCUGCAGCUGCUGGCAUUCGAGACGAGACUGGCCAGCAAUUGGGCCAGCGGAUUAGUAUGAGCGGGCAAGUAAAUAAUUACAAGAACACGAUAUCACAAGUGGUGAAUUUGCUAGGUAAUGAAACGGCUGCUGCAAAUUAUCUCAGCAAGUGCAUAUACUCUGUCGGAUUAGGUAGCAACGACUACCUUAACAACUAUUUCAUGCCUGCUUCGUAUUCUACUAGCCGGAGAUAUACCCCUGAUCAGUAUGCUGAUGUUCUUAUCCAACAGUAUAGACAGCAAUUAGUGGCCUUGUACAAUUAUGGAGCAAGAAAAUUUGUGUUAAAUGGAGUAGGGCAGAUUGGUUGCAGCCCGAAUGCUCUGUCUCAGAGCGCGGAUGGGACAACAUGUGUGCAAAGAAUCAAUUCCGCGAAUCAACUUUUCAACAACAGGCUCAGGUCUCUGGUUGAUGAUCUCAACAGGAAUCAACUAGACUCGAAAUUUAUAUACAUUAAUGCUUAUUCAAUUUUCCAGGACUUGGUCACCCGUCCUUCAAAUUUCGGUUUUAGAGUUACAAAUGCAGGAUGUUGCGGUGUAGGGAGAAACAAUGGCCAAAUCACUUGCCUUCCACUACAAAAUCCAUGCAGAAACAGGAAAGACCACGUCUUCUGGGAUGCGUUUCAUCCGACUGAAGCUGCCAAUUUGAUUAUAGGGAGGAGAGCAUAUGCAGCAGAGUCUUCGUCUGAUACGUACCCCUAUGAUAUCCGUCGUCUAGCUCAACUCUGAUCAGAGAGUGCUGAAAAAUGGAUAACCUAAUAUGCAUGUCAUAGUUCUAUUUUGUUUCUCAUUGAGUCUGUACUUUAUUAUUAAGUGUCUAUGCAUUGUCUGAAGGGUGUGAAAAUGUAGGUGGCACCCUUCAAAAAGGACUGAAUUAUAAUAUAAAUCUUAAAUUGCCUCUUAUCGUUUGUG